GCUACAGCAGCGUCACGUGACUUGUCCUCCCAACCGGAGCCAGUUGUUUACGGGCUGCUGUGAUGCUUUGUUAGAGGACAGGACAGGAGACGGUGCUGUCAGCCCGUCAAAACCAAGAGACGGGCCGGCUAAGCAGCGCAGUCUGUUAAACAGGUUUGUUCCUGAGGUUGCCAGAAGGGGACAAACGGCUGUAGGGUCCACCGCCGGGCCUCUUUCCUGUAGCCUUGAAACACCAGCCCCAUGGCCGACCACGGAUCUUCUGAAAAGAUGAACGGCAGUGCUGGCCAGUCUUCCGGUCUUUUGGAGCCGCCCAAAGAAAGCAUGCAGCUUAAGAAGGAGAUUUCGCUGCUUAACGGAGUCAGUCUGAUUGUAGGAAACAUGAUAGGCUCUGGCAUUUUCGUCUCCCCUAAGGGGGUUCUUAUCUACAGUGCCUCUUAUGGGCUGUCACUAGUCAUCUGGGCUAUAGGGGGUCUGUUCUCAGUGGUGGGGGCCCUCUGCUAUGCUGAGCUGGGCACCACAAUCACCAAAUCAGGGGCAUCUUAUGCAUAUAUCUUGGAGUCAUUCGGUGGCUUCAUUGCAUUCAUUCGUCUGUGGACGUCUCUGUUGAUCAUUGAGCCCACCAGCCAAGCGGUCAUUGCCAUUACAUUUGCAAACUACCUGGUGCAGCCAUUGUUUCCAACAUGUGAGCCCCCAUAUGCAGCAUCCAGGCUCAUUGCCGCAGCCUGUAUCUGUCUAUUGACGUUCAUCAACUCUUCUUAUGUAAAGUGGGGCACCCGUGUGCAGGACCUUUUCACCUAUGCAAAGGUGGCCGCACUCAUCGUCAUCAUCGUCACCGGCAUCGUCAGGCUGUGCCAGGGCUACACGACCAACCUUCAGUCAUCCUUUCGAGGGUCGUCUACAGAUCCUGGUGACAUUGCGCUGGCGCUGUACUCUGCACUCUUCUCCUACUCUGGCUGGGACACCCUCAACUUUGUAACUGAGGAGAUCAAAAACCCUGAAAGGAACCUGCCCCUGGCCAUUGCCAUCUCUAUGCCCAUUGUCACCAUCAUCUACAUCCUCACCAAUGUGGCAUACUACGCUGUUUUGGAUGUUAGUGCUAUAUUGGCCAGCGAUGCAGUGGCUGUGACUUUUGCAGAUCACACUCUUGGUGUGAUGAGCUGGACGAUCCCCAUUGCCGUGGCUUUGUCCUGCUAUGGAGGACUCAAUGCUUCCAUUAUAGCUGCAUCCAGGUUGUUCUUCGUGGGCUCUCGUGAGGGUCACCUUCCAGACGCUCUGUCCAUGAUCCAUAUACAGAGGUUCACUCCGAUUCCAGCUCUGCUCUUCAAUUGCGUCAUGUCUCUGAUCUACUUGACAGUGGAUGAUGUGUUCCAGCUCAUCAACUACUAUAGUUUUAGCUACUGGUUCUUUAUGGGACUUUCUAUUGCUGGACAGAUCUACCUCCGCUGGAAGGAGCCUGACAGACCCAGACCACUUAAACUGUCGUUGUUAUACCCCGUGGUGUUCUGUCUGUGUGCCGUUUUCCUGGUGGCAGUUCCUCUCUACAGCGACACCGCCAACUCUCUGAUUGGCAUUGCCAUUGCCCUGUCAGGCGUCCCCGUCUACUUCCUGGGUGUCUACCUGCCAGAGUCCAAACGGCCGCCUAUCAUCACUAAGCUAUUGCGUUCUCUGACUACCUUCACCCAGUACACCUGCUACUCUGUACUCACUGAGGUGGAUAAAAGCCUAUAGCAUAUUUGACACUGCAAAGCUUUCACCAGCAGUGACCUCAUAGUCACCAGGCAAUGGAUUCAGAUGGGACGUCAGAUCUUCUACACAACCUUCCACCAUGAUGAAACUCUCAGACUUCACUGCCUUGACUGCCUACAACACUAACAGUGCUGCACAGACGUGCAGAUUUCCCCUGGAUUUCAAAGACUUUCACCCCUCAGCGGAGACACUACUGUUACAUUACAGUAUUUAAUAACCUCUGGUAUAUAUCAUGCGCCUUGUUGUUUCCACAGGUUGUAGUAUAUACUGUAUGCCUUUUAAAGUACCUGCCUGUGAGAUUUUACAGAUGCUGUGUACACAGUCACAGGGACCUGAUAAUGAUGCAAGUACAUUUUUUCUAUAUAGCUUUUACUCAUUUAAGUGAUCUUGUGCAGUAUGAGUGAGUUAACCUCGCAUGGGAACCAAAGUAUUGUAAACUGUUAGUCAUUUCCUGAAUGAAAAAGGGAAUAAAAUAUGAUUCAUGAGAUAACGGUCCCACGGUAGGGAAAUGUAUGUAAAGACUCUCAAUUCUAAUGUCAUUGUGGUCAUGUGGCAUUGGUGCCACUGCUGGGUGGUGGGGUGAUGCCUUUCACCUACUGUCAUAUUUAGACUCUACUGGUUUCAACAUGUCAUCUGAGGUGGGUUUAGUGUCAGCUGAAUCUGAUGACACAGAAUGACCUCAUUGUGCUGCUCCAACAUUUGAAUCCUGUUCUAUAGGAAAACAUUCUCCAUCUUAGAAUCCACAUUUCAUCUUUAGUAAGCACCUUUUAGUUGCAGUAUACUGCUUCGUUUUGUUGCCACUGAUGAGAUCGUGCUUUGGAAUCGGUCCACUCCUGCUGUAAUGCACUGACUGCAUCACCCACACCAUAUGGCUGUGCAUUAAACUGGAUGUUAAUGGACUAGAGCCUCUUGUGUAGACUAACAGCAAUAACUUUGAAUUAUGGUUGUUACAAAUUGUGAGUUAAUUUCAACAUGAAACAACUUAUUCUUUGCAGUUCUGUAGAUGCUGUGUCUUGUGAUGUUAAGGCCAAAUCAUCAUCACAUUGAGGGUUGCAGAGCAGUUGGGACAGUUUUUCCUGAAACUGCCUCUCACAGCUUAAGCUGUUACAGUACCUGUCGUCACUGACCUAAAAAACACAGCGUAGCCUCAGGGACAGUAACUAAGGAGAACAGUUCAUCAAAUAAUCACUUCCAGCAACAAACAGCAGGGGUUCCUGUUCCACUUUUCCUUCCUCCAGUUCAGUCAAACACAGCCUCGAGCUUUACCAACAGUUGGCAUACUGUCCCUGGACAUUGAAUUAUGAGGUAUGACCAACCUCUAACUGAUUGUUUUGAGAACUUUUGUUCAUCAUUAUUUAUUUUGACCUAUUAUUAGAAUCAAUAAAGUCUUUAAAUUGA